AGACUGAAAAGAAGAAACCGCUGGCUGUGACAACGACCGUUGCUUCCUCCCCCCUCCGUCAUCAUCAUCAUCAUCAUCACCCGCCUCACCAGCAACAGCAGCUUCAGAUUCAUCCGCGGCAGAAGCAAAGGCAGAGUUGGUUAAACAGUUUGGAGAGGAAGAAGAAAAAAACAAAUUGCAGACGUCUUGAAGAGAAGCUCCGCUUCAGGGGGAGGGAACAUGGGGAAAUGGGAGCUGCAGAUGGACAAGUGCAAGGAUGAGGAAUUCCGACCAAAUCUGCUUUUAUGACACAGACCUCUGCUUCAUCCAACAUCAUUAGGAAUUUAUUACAGAACACCAGAUAACACUGUUAAAUACCUCAUACGUCAUGGAUGCAGCUUCAGCCUCCCUGCAGUUUGGAUCAAAGAAGCGGGUCAAAAUUCACCCAAACACGGUCACAGUAAAAUAUGCCACCCACUUCCCCCAGCCUGGUGACGAAGGGUACGACGAUGCACCCUCUUUUGAGGAUUUCGGUUCUUUUGCAGAGGCAAACGUUGAAAAGAGACUGGUGUCUGAUGCCAAAGGCAGCAGGACUUUCUUUGGAACCAUGGAGACUCAGCCUAAGCAGCCAAGUGUGCAAAGAGACAAGGGGGUCGAGGGUCAGUUGGCCAGCUUUGGCGAGGCUAAUGUGUUGGCUUCUAGAGUGACCUGGAUGGCCUUGUUUGGGGCAGCAGCAGCUCACGGAUGUGUGGCGCUAAUUACCCGAUUGGCAGCAGAUCGUUCUAAGGUUCCCUCUCUCGAGCUGCUCUUCAUCCGUUCUGUGAUCCAAGUGUUGUCAAUCCUGGUGGUCCUCUACUACCAUGAGGCACCCUUUGGCCCCAAGGGUUACCGGCUCCGUCUCUUCUUCUAUGGUGUGUGCAAUGUAAUUUCUAUCACCUGCGCCUACACAUCCUUUGCCAUUGUACCCCCCAGCAACGGUACCAUCAUGUGGCGUGCAUCCACCACUGUCUUCAGUGCCAUACUGGCUUUCCUGCUGCUGGAUGAGAGGCUGAGCUACACUGAUGUGGUCACGGUGGUGGGAAGUGUGUUCGGCCUGUGUCUAGUCAUGGUGCCGAAUGUAGCAGAUGAGGAGAAGUCCAGGCUGGGGUUUUGGAAGGAGGCAUUUGGCUAUACAAUGACAGUUAUGGCAGGCUUGACCGCCGCCCUUUCCAUGAUUGUCUACAGAGCCAUCAAAGAGCGCGUCAGCAUGUGGACAGCACUCUUUACCUUCGGCUGGACAGGCACUGUCUGGGGCGCCUCCACUAUGUUCAUAAUGCAGGAGCCUAUUAUUCCCCUGGAUGGGGAGACCUGGGGCUAUUUAAUUGGGAUCUGUAUCUGCUCCACGGUAGCAUUCCUUGGAGUCUACUAUGCUCUAAACAAGUUUCAUCCAGCCUUAGUUAGCACCGUGCAGCACCUAGAGAUCGUGGUUUCCAUGUUUUUACAGCUGAUCGUGCUGAGGAUGAUCCCCUCAGUGUACGAUGUGAUCGGAGGCCUUGUUAUCAUGGUCAGCGUGUUCACUUUGACCGGGGUCAAGCUGUACAGAGUGAGCAGGGCCAUUCGGCAGGAUUACCAAGAAAUCCUAGACUCGCCUAUCAAAUGAAUCUGUCAGUCUAUCCGUUUACAAUGUUGCUUGGUUGUGCAAUCAAAAGAAUGUCUGAAUCUUCAUCUGAUGAGUUUGUAUUGUGUUGUGAACAGAGUGCCAGUUUGUGUAACUAAAGUGUUAAUAUUUACCUGUGAAAUAAAAGACAAUUGUAAUAUUGUGACAAUUUCCCUUUUGUAUAGUGAUGCUUUAAUGUCAAAUUGUGCCAGAGACUAAAAUGUCAGCAAAACGAGGCACAAGUGAAUUAUGAUGCCACAAGGUGUUGAUAUAAUCUUCUGUCGUCACACUGCCAAAACUGUGUAAACUGUGUAGCACUGGAACCAUUCAUAUUGUAACAAGGAAUAAAAAAAGAAAAUGUUUAACUGAAAGACCUGAUUUGUUGUUAGAGACUAAAACACAAUGAUUUAUGCAUAGGCCAUUUACAGGUGUAAAAGUACUAUUGUCUAAAUAGUUGGUUUCAAAACAACUACAAUUCACAAUCAGCUUUUCUAAUUGAGAUGCCAAAGAAAGUGUCAAAGUGAGCUGAACAGAGCAUAGAAAAGUGCACCACUGAACCCCAAACCCAAAGUGUUGCCGUGCACUGCUGGUCAGCUGUCUGUCUGUCCCUCAUUCCCCAUAAAGACAUAUUUAGCUUUUUUAAAAUAUUCUCAAUCAUGACUAUCAUGAUUGAGCUAAAUUUGUUUUGAAAAUAAAAUUAACAACCAAGAGCAGUAUCUGCUAAAAACAUGUCUUAUAUUUUCUGUUUUUAAUUUUUAAACACAGUGAUUAUUUAAAACUGUGGUAAUUUAGCUAAGCGUUAUUGUGAGAGUCCCAUAUCUAUAAUGUUUUCCUUUAAUAGCCAAACUAACAAAAGAAUAGAUGGUUCUUACAAACUUUUCCAUUUCCAUUGCUCCAACACUUAAAUUCUCUACAGAUUUUUUUUAUAUUUACAUAACAUUCAGAGCAAAAGUGCAAAAUACCCUUACUCUACAAUCCCAAAGUAACACAAAGCUGAAGAUAGUUUUCAAUUCACCAGGUUACUAAAGAACUAUUUCACUGUUUUGUUUUGGCAUAUGGACUUCCUUAGCUCUAUCUAAACUCUAACUACACAUUUAAUACAGAUUUCUUAAACUACAGUGACAGCUUAAGUGUGCUUGUGAAAAUAAAAAGUGAAUUUAAAAUUAUGGGAUACAGGGGCCGAAAAAUCAGCAAAAAGUAAUUGUCUUACUUCAAAAUGUGAAUACACAAUUUUUUUGUACACUUUCAUACAAUCCAAAUUCAACACGUUUCAAAACAACAGAGAAACAAUGUAAAUUUGGUUUACAUAAAUAUUUUUUUAGAAUUGCAUUAGAUUCAAUAAGGUAAAUCCAAAAUUAUGAGUGAAAAAUCCGAACUAGAAUAAAUGACUUGAUCAAUUUAUUCUGUUCAAACCACAUCUCCAACCCCAUUAGCUAGUUUAUAUUUGACAAACGUGAUUUUCUCUCUGACUGUGGCUUCUGUUUACUCUCAGAUGUAUGUCAAACUAAUGCCCAGAGGCAAGUGCAGUGAAUUGAAUUAAAGUCCCCCUUAAACAAUGCCGGUCCAUCUGCUGUUUCUUUUUUCUGUAUCAGUUAAGUCAGCAGCUCACCGGGUACGUCUUCUCCUUUUUAUUUUUUUAGUCUUUUCAGGAAACCAAGCAAAGAUAAACAGUCUCCAAGAUGCCGCCUUGAGGGUCAAAAGGAACUGCCGAGGAACGAAAUAGAGACACAAUGGUGAUGACAAAAAUACUUGCCAUGAAUGAGGACACAUUGCUGAUUCAAAACUGACGUGCUUCACCAACAGCCCAGCAGGUGGCAUUCAUGACCUACUUAAUGUUUCUGACAGCCAGGCGUGAAAGAAGAAAGCUGAAAUCAGUGGUGCCACCAAGGCUAGCCUUUUAUUUACUUGGCUUGACAGUCUUACGUGCCUGAUAUGUUUUAUAACUCAAUUUAAUAUUCUUAGCAUUUUUAUUUAUCACUUUUGAUCAUCCAAUUCUACACAACACUAUAAUAAAAUUCCUGAAAUCCUCAAUAAUGGCUUAAAAUUUUGUGUACCCAACAAAUAUUAUCUCAGCUUUUGAAAGUGCCCCUACCUAAAUUGUUCUCAUACUGAAGGAUGAAGCUUGUUCAUGUUGCUUCCAUUUCCUUUAUGCCAGGAAGAGAAAGCAUUUUGAUGACAACAAUUGUACAAAUUACACAUCACUCUUCCUCUUUUUAAUCAUUCAGCAGAAGCAGUCAUGUUGUGAUGUAUGCACUCUGUAUUACAAGGGUGGCUGUUAUAAGUGAGACUCAGUUUAAUGUUGGACACAUCUGCAAAGAAUCACUGUCAUUGUAAAUAAAAAAAAAAAAGAUAUGUGGAAAUCCUGUCUGUUUAUAAUUAAAACUGGAACAAUCAGAAUUUAUUUACUUGCUUUUUGCAACAAAUUCUAUCAUGACCCACAGCUUAUUAAGCCCAACAAAACAGAGAGUCCUGCUUGACAAUUCACGUUGAGUAGUUUUGAGUUUGGCUUUUGCGUGCAGAACGAAGAAGACAUGUAGAGGAGGCCCAUCUGUUAGAGCAGGAAACAGAUUGCAUCCUGCAGCGAGCUGCACAACCUUCCAAGUUACUCUGCAACCCUCUUUACCACAGACACAUUUAUAAGAUGCAUUAUGGCUGAACGGA